AACCACAUAUUACCCGAAUAAUAAUAAUAAUAAUUAAAAAAAUUAUUAAUUAUUUUUUGUACAGAUAAAAGGGUCACGGAGAAGAUUGCAGACUAAUGGAGGAGGUGUCGACAAAAGCUCAUAUAGUUUUUCUCUCUCUCUUUUCCUUUCUCAAUCUCUGAGCGCACACACAUCGAGGAUUUCGAUUUCGUUUAGAUAUAAUUCUCUGAAAAGUCUGAAGCUCCGGUGUACUUUCGCAUUUUUGAAGCGUUUGGUUUUUUAAAAACUUCUUGUUUGUUUCUUAUUUUGGCCGGGAAAGAUGUCCAGCUCGCCGGAGUUUUUUGAACUUACCGGGCAGAGGCAAGAGAGGCCGAGCUUCUCUCAUACGUGUAGCCUUCUGAGUCAGUACCUGAAGGAGAAGGGGUCCUUCGGCGAUCUCAGCCUCGGGAUGACAUGCAACAUCGAAGGAAACGGAACAGCUGAGAUGUACCGUCAGACAGCACCGACGAUGAAUUUGUUUCCGAUCAAUGAGAAAUUGAACGAUGUUUCUACCCAAAACGUGGCUGCAAGUCGGAACCCUAAACCCAGGGAUUCGUUCCCUCAACCAGCUGGGUUUGCUGCCUCCUUACCUAAGGAAGAGGCCUCAAAGAUUGCUGCUGACUCUAGCAUGGUUAACAAGUCUGCCACAACAGAGCCUGAAAAAGCCCAAAUGACAAUAUUUUAUGCUGGGCAAGUAAUUGUGUUUAACGACUUUCCAGCUGACAAGGCCCAGGAAGUCAUGCUCUUAGCAAGCAAGGGAAGCUCCCAGAACAACACCAACAACAACCAGCAUGCCUUUGUUGCUUCUAAAUUGGCCGGGAACUCAGUUGACUCCAGCAGUUCGAUGGCUACUAGCUCCAGUAUUGUUCCUCCAAACUUGGGCAACAAAACAACAAUUCACGAGCAAAUUCAACCACCAACUCAACCCCUUGCUUGUGAGUUACCAAUUGCAAGGAGAGCUUCCCUCCACCGGUUCUUGGAGAAGAGAAAAGAUAGGGUCACAGCAAGAGCACCAUACCAAACAGGCAACUCGGCAGCGGCAGCAGCGGCAGCAGCCUCCACCAAUCCGGCUGAUAGCAAGCCAUGGCUCGGAUUGGCUGCUCAGUCACCAAAGUAGUCAAAUCAUACUCAGUUUUAGGAAAAUUAUAUAAUUUGAACCUACUGUCCUCUCUUUUUGGUGGGUUUUUAUGCCUCCUUAUACUAUUUAUUUUAGCUUCCUCCUUUAUGUUUCUCUGUUAGACCUAACUUUUGAUGAACCAUAGUUGCUGUAAUUAUGUUUGAUAUGAUCAUCUCGGUUACGGAUAAUUUUGAAUGAAGGAAACUGAUUUACUUCUGAUU